AAUAUCACGUACUUUAUCGAAAACAAGUUUACAUCUUCAGUCACAUGUUGGAUACAGAGCGUUUCAUGAACAUCAGAAUUUGUCCCGUAGUGAUCUAAUUAAUUUUUUACAUCUAUUUUACAUUUCGAAUUUAUAUUUUGAAAUUUGCUGUAAUAAUGUUUUCUUAUAUGCGUUACAUAUUCGAUGAACACUUUAGGCAAUGGACAAAUAAUACUGCACUUGAAGACGAUUCAAGUGAACGAUCCUCGAUAGAUACGUACAUUGAACCACGCUUUCUGGAAACGUUGAAGAAUUCUUGCCGACAGGCAAGUUUACGGAAAACGAACCAAUCCGAUAUAUGUGAAGAAAUAAGUAGUACUUGCACAGAAAUAAAGUUCCAGUUGCUUGAAUUGAAUGAGAGGAUAGAAUUGGAUAAGCUUAGUGAAUUGACGAGAGAGUUCGAUAUUAUAGCUGCUGCAACAAUUUACUAUAACUUAGGUAUAAUAUAUAAGGACUGCCUAGGACUACAGGAUUUCCAAGUUUCUUUAUAUAAAUUGUCAAUGUCUCAUGUAAUAUUAGAAGAUAUCGAGCUAGACUGUAACGCCAUUUUAAUAGCUGUAAAAACAUUAAUUGCAAUGAGCGAAUUACAAGAAACACAACGAUGGUUAAAUGAAGCUAUCAGGUUAUGUUUACAGUAUAUUGAACAGAACAAUUUCCAAUCGAAACCAAUUUACACAUAUUUGGCUGAUGUUUCCAAGGAAGAAGAUCUGAGAAUAUCAUUAAGAUUGUUAUAUAGGAAUAUGAUAGGGCGUAUGGAAAAGUUGUAUUCUGCUUCAGACAAGAUGGAUGAAUGGAUAGAAACCGUACAUGAUUGUUUAGACGACCGGGCAGGAAUUAUAAACUUUCCGUAUGGAGCAUGUGACUGGUCUAAAGCAGCGAUUAUGAUAAAGAUGUGGAAAGAAGCGGCUGAAUUGCUCCUUUCUGUGAUAGAGGGAGAGGCAGCAUAUCGUGACUUAUAUUUCACUACACAGGAGAAACUUCUAGAUAUUAUAAACAAGUUGGAUUAUUAUUAUGAACACUGCCAACAAAUAGGAGAAACGUAGAGUUUACUGAGCCCCGCCAAAUGUUUGUAAAGUACAAAAUUCAUUUAAAAACUUUUUAAAUGAAUUAGCAGAAUUAUUGAUAUAUACGAACAUGGAUAGGAUUAUUGUCGUUCUGACGGUGCAUACUAUUAUUUUGAUUUUAUAGCUACUUAUCACAUUCUUUCAGACAUAAUAUAUAAUGCGGCGAUGUUGGAAAUACUGUAAAACCAUUUGAGGAAACGUGCAGAAAUAUGCGAAAAAAAGUAGUCUAGAUUAUUAUAAACUAUAUUUAAAUGCGCAUUUUAUCAAAUUAAAUGAGACAAACAGAACAAUUAGCGUGAGACCAUGAUCUAUUUUUCAGUAACGCGAUUGAAUCAAUGCUUAUAAUAGUUAUAGAAAAAUUUCUUAAAAAUCGAAAAUUCUAUUUCUCAUUUCUUUGAUAUAGAAGCAUGUGCAGUAAUAGUAUUUGGUAAUAAAACAUUUUAUAAUGUAAUAUUUAGAAUAUUAUAUUUUAUGACAUAUAGAUUUAUAGUGCAAUUGUAUAUAAUAUCUGCAAUAUUACUUAACUAUAACGAAUGAAAAUAUUCACAAACUGUUUUGCGGAAAACAGGAAUUCGUAAGAGAUUGUAGUUUUAUAGGAUUUAUUUAUCUAAAUGCAAGUAUGUAUAUAUAUAUGUUUAUGUAUUUGUACAAAUCUAUAAAAUUAUUUCUCUUUUAUUUUGAUCAUAUUUUAUAUUUUUAAAACAUUUUCUUUCAUUAUUUUACAAAUAAUUCGUUAUAUUACAUUAGUUAGUCUCUUUCUAUUUGUACGUAUAAUAUAUUUUAUGACGCAGCAUGCAAUAUAUUCCGCAAUAUAUUCAUGCAAUAGAUAAAUAUAAGUUGAAAAAGGUGUCAUGUAAAAGUCAUAUACAUAUAUAGAUACACAUUACGUCGUGAAUUGAAAAUAACUUCCGCGUGUAUUAUAAAUUAUAAUUAUAUUCGGUACGUUAUUAGUAAUGGAUGUACGUAAUAUAAUUGUGAUUAAUUUGAUAUUAUAAGCCUGUUAUACUGUAUCUGUUUCUAUCAAUUUUAUUUUUAAAAUGUAUAUUAAGAUUAAACUUAAUGGUAUAUAAUUUAAUGUAUUAUGGUCGAUAUUUAAAUUGUCGCAUCGAAUACCAAAUAUACAGGGUGAGUUUUA